AGGAAACAAACACAGUUUAAGUCAAUAUUAGCUGUUGUAUCUGCUACAGCUUUGCGCCAGGCUUGGUAGAAAAACUCUCACAGCAGCCAGAGCAAGUCUAUGAUGGCUUCUGAAACUUGAAAGUCAUGUCUGCUCCUCUGUAUGGGAUAACUGCAGCAGCACUUUGGCUACAGCUGCCAUUCGGCUUUAAUGGCGUGUAGAAUAUAUGAAGAUCUCUUUGCCUCUCUUUCCCCCAGCAAGAAAUCCAGCAGACUGUUCCUGUGUAGGGAAGAAAUCUGAUAGUAAUUGCCAUUGCUAAUGGUUGAUCUAUAUAGUAAGGAGAUCUGCCUGAGGCUGUGUCACUUCAGCGGGUAUUCGGCUUUUUUUUUCAAGAGGAUCUGUAGCACAAGAAAAUGUGUGGGGGCACACCAAAAGCUACAAAUGGCACAGGGGGACAAAUAGAAAGAGCAAGAAAGAACAGCGAUGUGCCACUUGGAAGUAAUCUCCCUUGUGCCAAAUUGGAUGAAAGGAUUAGAAAAUCUCGGAGAGACCGAAGUGUCAGCUGUGUGAGCAGAGUGACUAGACUGCUGCAAAACAGCUGGUCCUCUUCAGAGUUUGAUUUGAAAGAAAUCCGACUGAUAGUUUACCAAGACUGUGAGAGAAGAGGCAGACAGGUCUUAUUUGACUCCACAGCAGUCCGCAAAAUUGAUGAAGCUGUGAUCCAGAAAAUGGCAGAGGAUGCUCCUGUAAAGACUUCUGUCAAGAACUGCCAAGCAGGCAAUGGGAACAAUAUUUCUUCCCAUAGCCCCUCGAUAAGCUGUAUGCAAAAUAUCAAAGAGCAAAUACCGAAGUAUCAGUACACUAGACCAGCCUCUGAUGUCAACAUGCUAGGAGAAAUGAUGUUUGGCUCGGUGGCGAUGAGUUACAAAGGCUCCACCUUGAAAAUCCACUACAUACGCUCUCCCCCACAACUGAUGAUAAGUAAAGUCUUCUCAGCCAGGGUAGGAAGCUUCAGUGGAAGCAACAAUAACUUACAAGAUAGCUUUGAAUAUAUCAACCAAGAUUCCAGCUUGGGAAAGCUGAGCUCUAAUCAGAAUGGUUUGGGAACCUGUCGCAGUGGAAGUAAUUUAGGUGUGUUACAGCUGUGUAGCAGCAAACUGCUGCAGGGUGUGUCUGAAGGAGGUCCCCUCCGCCUCAUCCGCAGUGCUUCUUUCUUUGCAGCACACAGUACACCUGUUGAUAUGCCCAGCAGAGGACAAAAUGAGGACAGAGACAGUGGCAUUGCUCGGUCAGCAUCUCUCAGCAGUCUUCUGGUCACUCCUUUUCCAUCUCCAAGCUCUUCAUCAUCAUCUUCUAGCAGCUAUCAACGUCGCUGGCUCCGAAGUCAGACAACUAGUUUAGAGAACGGAAUAAUUCCAAGGUGGUCCACUGAAGAAAUGUUCAGUAUGGCUGAUGAAAGCUGUAGCUCCAAUCCUGCAAUGGUCCGGAGGAAAAAAAUUGCAAUCAGCAUAAUCUUCUCUCUGCCUGAAAAAGAAGAAGCACAGAGAAACUUCCAGGAUUUCUUUUUUUCUCACUUUCCUCUCUUUGAAUCCCACAUGAACAAGCUGAAGUAUGCAAUAGAAAAGGCCAUGAUCUCAUGUAGAAAAAUAGCAGAAUCCAGCCAAAGAGUGCAGGUUUAUAUCAGCCGAGUCAUGGAUGCCCUGGGAGAAUUCAGAAUUACCAUCUGGAACCUAUAUUCUGUUCCAAGGAUUGCAGAGCCUGUGUGGCUUAAUAUGAUGUCCAACACCCUGGAAAAGAACCAGCUAUGCCAGCGUUUUCUUAAAGAAUUUACCUUUCUGAUAGAACAGAUCAACAAAAACCAGUUCUUUGCUGCUUUGUUGACUGCGGUGCUGACGUAUCAUCUGGCUUGGGUGCCAACAGUAAUGCCAGUUGACCAUCCUCCCAUAAAGGCCUUCUCUGAGAAGCGCACGUCACAGUUUGUGAACAUGCUGGCAAAAUCCCAUCCAUAUAACCCUCUCUGGGCACAGCUUGGUGAUCUCUAUGGUGCCAUAGGCUCUCCGGUUAGGUUGACUCGAACUGUUAUUGUUGGAAAACGUAAAGAGUUGGUGCAGCGCUUGCUGUAUGUCCUAACGUACUUCAUUAGGUGCUCAGAGCUACAAGAAAAUCAGCUGACUUGGAGUGAAAUGCUUGGGGAAGGAGAACAAGUGCUAAAUGGAAGCAAGAUCACAACUGCACUAGAAAAGGGAGAGGUAGAGGAGUCUGAUUAUGUGGUUGUCACUGUCAAAAAUGAACCUGCUCUUGUGCCUCCGAUCCUACCUCCUAAGAGUGAUGGAAGUAAGAACAACAGUAUUGCAGGGUGGGUACAUAACCCAGAAGGCACUUGCACUACGCCAGAUUCUUCAAAAGAAAAGAAAGAAGCAAUAGGAAAAGUCAGUCAGAACUCUGACAUAGCUGUUGACUGUCUAACUAGCACUUUGCAUAACGGAGCAGCUGAUGGUAGGAAAAGAACUGUCACUGAUACAGGGACUGGAUCCUACCACUUUGAAGAGCAAUCAAAGUUGGAGAAUUUAAUGGAUAUAAGGAAGAACAAGAACCAGAAUGAAAGGAAAGUGGAAAAGCAGUUGUCUAGCAGGUCAUCUGCUUUACCUUGUCCUGAAAGGUCUGGCCACAGGAGUUCCCAGUUGGAAAAGGUCACCUUUCGGAUCGGAAGUUCUGCAUCACCAGAGUCAGACUUCGAAACUCAAAGGAGAGAAAUGGAAGAGAAUCUGAAGGCAUUUAGAAAAAAUCCAGAGGUGGUAAUACAUUGUGCCUCAAGUUCCACAGAUCUGACUGUGGAUGUUUCCCAGAAUCAAAAAGAAAGUUGCGAAGCUGCCUUUUUGCCCUUCAGUAAACACAGUAUUUGUUAUGCACAGAUUCCACCUUGUGAGGGGAAGGAGAGUAUGCUUAACCAACAUAUGGAAACUAAAGGAACUGAAAUAAAUUUAGGGAACACAGUAUCUGGUGAACCACUUUUGUCCACUGGUAACAUAGAAACUGUAACAUUGCCGAGCUUGAAAGAAACUAGAACUUUAUGCUCUGGCAAUCUGGAGAGCUAUUCACCUGACUCUGUGGAAGUAGGUUCUGCUAUCAGAAAGGAGUCCCCUAAAGUAGGUGCUAAAGAUGUCCCCUAUGGGGAUGCUGGAAGGAAAACCCCCUUCAGAGUUGAAGGGGACAUUCCAAGGAAUGAGAGUUCAGACAGUGCUCUUGGAGCCAGCGAUGAAGAAGGUGAUUGUUGUAUUCCUGACGAAGUUCAUCAUGAUAAUGUCAGCAAAAGACUCGAAGAGUUUGCGGAAGUGGAGCUUCCUUUACCAAGGUCAAACACAAUCAGCAGUCAGUGUGUGAAAAACUUUGGAAGAUCGCUUCUGGGUGGCUACUGUCACACAUACGUGCCUGAUCUAGUGCUGCAUGGAGUAAAUAAUGAUGAAAAACUCAAGCAGUGUCUACUAGCAGACCUCCUUCAUGCGAUACAUCAUCCAGUGCUAGAUGAACCCAUAGCAGAAGCUGUCUGCAUUAUUGCAGACACAGAUAAAUGGAACGUACAAGUAGCUACCAGCCAGAGAAAAAUGAUGGACAAUGUGAAGUUAGGCAAGGAUGUCUUGGUCUCGAGUCAAGUAUCCAGUUUACUGCAGUCUAUUUUACAGCUUUAUAAACUCAAUCUCCCAGCUGACUUUUGCAUAAUGCAUCUUGAGGAUAGACUACAAGAGAUGUAUCUCAAAAGCAAAAUGCUUUCAGAAUAUCUGCGAGGACACACAAGAGUGCAUGUAAAAGAACUAGGAAUUGUGUUGGGGAUUGAAUCCAAUGACUUGCCUUUGUUGGCUGCUAUAGCAAGUACUCAUUCUCCAUAUGUUGCUCAAAUACUCUUAUAAAUUAAAAUCUCAGGAUAGUCGUUCCCUUAAAGUAAAAGAAAAUAUGGGAAUGUUGAAAGAAGAACAGUUGCCAAACGCUGAUAAAGGGGAACACUGAGGAAAGCAGGUGAUGACUGUACAUUCUACCAUCUUCCGAUUCUGGUUUCAGCUGGAUGUUUGAUCGGAGGACUUCAGUUUACAUAAUGUAAAAGGCAUUCAGGUUUUUCUUACAAUCUCACUUCUGACUUAAAGUGACUGCAUCCUUGCAUUUUAUUUUUCUUCAAUGGACAAAAGUUAACACUAUGUGGCAGACUGUGAGCUGCCAUCCAAAACGCUGCUCAAAACCAUGAAGUAACAGUUAAAGAACAAGUGGGUUGGAAUGGAUUUCCUAAUGUUACGCUCGUGAGUGUGGUGUGGUGUAUUUCUUUGCUGGGGAGGAGGAGCUGUAAACUAUGUAUAUAGCAUUCCUAUACACAAGUGUAUUAGAUGGGACAUGAUUUUUCUUACAGAGCAUAAGCAUGAUUUUGUGUAGUAGAAGUGACCAGCUCAGAACAAGAAACCUGGAUUCAGCAGCCGGAUGCUAAGUGGGAAUGGAGGUGAGGACAAGAGAUUAAGCAAGCUAUGGUUGCUUCUCUUUUAAUGAGGAGGUAUUCAGAUGAGCUCAUGACUAGAAGUAAUUCUACACUGAAAAUGGAAUGAACUUCUGAGGUGGGUUUUUUGUGGGAAAGCCUUAUGGAAUUUCUGCUACAAGUUUACAUUUGUUGCUGAUGCGACUUCAAUAACUCUGAGUUUCUGUAUGACUGUAGUCCUGGGAAUUAAACCUGUCUUGGUGUCAUCAAGUAUUGCUAUCUCUGAGGAAUAUGAAUUUGACAGCCUUCUGUAUGAUACCAGUGCUAUUAGGGCAUAUGUGUGCACAUAGACCAAGCAAUUGGCACAAACCGAAGACAAUCUUAUUUGGGUGGGGUAACCCUUACUGAACCUUCAGUUGGAUGUAUUACUUUUUUCUGGCUACUAGUUGGUCACUAUAUUAGGUAUAAAAGAGGACCAUUGUCUGAAGUGAAAGGAAGAGUGGGGGACAAACACCAAUAUUUGGUAUUACUAUGAAUGUUCGCAAUUACCCUUUAUGAUUCUACCGAAAUCUUGAACUAUCAUCCCGGGUGCCUUUCCGUAGUAGACUAACUGUUUUGAGACCAGAAACUACUUCUCCAUGAGUUGAUACUGGCCUUCUGUGUUUCUAGAAAGCAAAAUAAAAUUUUGUAUUUUACUGUUU